AUCUGUGUGAUCGCAACAAUCUGAGUAAAUCUUUGACGAAGGUCCUGUUAUUUCAAAUCAGCUCAAACCAUAGCAAUUCUUGAACUAAGUAUAGUGAUAAUAUUAGAAUAUGUAUCAAUGUACCGAAUAUUCAUCGGACAAUAAUGGAAACAAUUAGCGAAUAAAUGUUUCUCUGAUUUUUAUUCCAAUUAGGUGCAUAUUGUGCAUCUGCAAUCGAAUAACAUGAAAAUACCUAAUAAUUGGUCAAAGAUGGUCUUAAAAACGACGAUUUGUUCACUAAACUGACACUUGUUUAAUUGGAUGCCAGGAGGAUCUAAUUAGAAUUUCCCUUUGCAAAUAAUUUGUGACGUGUUUAAGAAAUACAUACAAAUUAUAAGUUAAGGUUUGCAAAAGCGCGCAACUAAUUCCAAUCGUUAACUACUUCACCGACUUCUUUCUAUUUUUUACUAUCGUUUUGAUAUAUGGCACACACAUUGCACUUAUCUGUCGUCGUCCGGAUUGAUAUGUACAUGACUAUAGUAUACGGUAAUAUAACUAAAACAUGAUUAACAUAUGAUUAGUAUAUAAAUAACUCAUUCGCAUCGAUUAUACUAGUUUGCCUUGAUUUAACAUAAAAAAACAAUUUUUCGUUUCGUAAUGAUUCUUGGACGAUUAUUUAUAUCAGUCCCCAUAUCUAAAGAGCGGUAGUUUUCGGAAACGCAAAAUGCGGGCGGUGGUUUGCGUACUAUAUGUGAUUUUGUUCUCACUGUCGUUGUCGGUGAAUACCGGCAGGAUUCUUAGCCUUUCGGUCGUACCUUUUCUUAGUCAUCAAUUAAUUUACCGUACGUUAAAUUUAGUCUUACACAAACGCGGGCACGAAUUGGUGAUCGUCACAACGGCUCCAUUAAAGGAUCCGACAUUAAAGAAUUACACAAAAAUUGACGUAUCGUACGGUUUUUCAAUAAUCACGGAGUACAACGACGCAAAAUGGAAAAUAUCGCAGAUGGAAUCGUGCAGACAGGUGUUUACAAUAACGACCGAGUUCAUGGGGACAAUUUGGGAUAAUCUUGAAUUCAAGAAGAUUUACAGACGCAACAGCGGCGAGAAAUUCGACGCGAUUAUGAUGGAACCGAUUUGCGAUCUGUCGCUAUAUAGUAUGGCGCACAGAUUUAACGCUCCCCUCAUAGGUGAAAUUUGCAGAUUGAAAAGGAGAAUAAUUUAUUUCUUAAAAGAAAUAUCUGUCUUAAGAUUGCCCUAAAAUCUGUCUGACAACCAAGAUAGAAACCUGAAACUGAUCUUGAUCCAUUGCGCAGGACUCACGCCUAUGGGUUUUCAUAAUUUUCAACGAUAUAUCUUUGCUAGUCCUAUGCUUCCGUCACACCCGUCAAAUUGGGAAGUUAACACGCUAGUCGAGGGAUACCCGUCGUUCUGGCAAAAACUGCAAACUUUCAUUGACGUGUGGGGAUACCUGUAUGCCUGGUCACACCAUGUGGUCACGGCACGGAAAAGGGUUGAGAAAUACUUUGGAAGUGACACGCCGGACCCCAUGGACAUAGCAAAAAAUAUGAGCAUCGUACUGGUCAAUGAAAACCCGCUAUUCGCGUAUGUCAGACCGGAGCAGCCAAACGUGAUAUACUUUUCCGGCUUUCAGAUACAGAAAACACCCCCAACGCUGCCAAAAGUAUGUAACUGCUCAAACGAUUAUUAUCUUGCGUGAAAUCUCACGUUAAAUCCAAUAUAUCCAACACUUAUUGCCAAUUUUCGCAAUGAACUAAUACGUAAAACUUGUGAUUAAUUUGCAUUGAUGACGAAGGGACUUGAGACGAUUCCUUGAUGACGCGACGGAAGGAUUUAUUUACGUAAGUCUUGGAACUACUGUCAGCUGUCACAACUUGCCAACAGA